AUAUAACCUCUAGGAUUCACAUUGUCCUGAUAAGGACCUGGAACAAUGGCGUCCUUUGUUGUAGCCCUCGUAAUUUCAGCAUGGAUAGUGGACAUUAGAGGGGUUUCUCUCACAACUGCCACAUCGUGUACUGACAACCCCUUUCUCAAGUGUUCCCUUCUAACCCCCGAGAUGUGUGAACACGACUGCGUGGCCAACGUACUAUGUCCCGGCUUCUGCAACACUUGCCGGAGAAAGUGCUACCAUUGUGACGCCGUGGACAGACCGGAAGAAUGUCACAACAAGACCGUCUGUCAACUAAAUCAGGUCUGUAUUGUGACGCAAACUUUCACCGAGUCGCUGGAAGAAAAGUUCCGGUUAGGAUGCGUAGACAAAAGCAUCUGCAUGAAUUUAUACGGAAGCAUUCAAUCUAGAAGGUCUAUUUCGUUUGACGGCGGAUGCUGCGAUCACAACUACUGCAACAAGCAUGACCCGGAUGUCAGCACUGUUGUCCCAAUUACUGAGAAAGUGACCACGCCCGUGGCCUCACCAUUGGAUCUCUGUCGUGAUAUUGAUGCUAACUUCUGUGCUUUUGGGGGAACCAAAGAAUGUUACAUAUCUUGCUUUGCCAACAUGUGUCCCGUAACUUGCAAGAAAUGCGUUCCACAAGGCACGCUGCAGUGCCUCAGUUGCCCGGAAGUGAGCAGCGCGCAAGAAUGUAACAACACCAAAGUGUGCAAACAGUCCGAGGUUUGUAUUGCAACGGAGACCCAAAAUUCUGAAUUCCAGAGGAAGGCCAAAUUGGACUGCGUCAGUAGAGCGAUUUGUGAUCAUUUAAAUCUGACGGUUGUGGAAACUCCUGGCACUUCCUCCACUGGGCAUGUCGAUGGUUACUGCUGCAACACCUCCAAUUGUAACUCACAACCUCUACCGGAGCCAGAAACAACAACUUUGCCAACAACAACAUUAAAUCCAGAAGCAAAUCCAGGCUGUCCAAUGUCUUUUCAGCGAUGUCCUCAUAAUUUCCACAAGCUUCAUAACUCGUGCUAUCUGUUCACCAACGAUAGAUACACCUUUGAUGCUGCCUCUAACUACUGCCACCAUUUGUGUGCUAGACCGGUCAUCAUCAGUACUACCGAGGAAGGACAGGCAUUGACUCAACACAUCCUCCAAGAUCAUAACUUAGUAGGGCCAUUUUGGACUGACGGAAUAAGGACACACGAACACAGUCACACUCAUUGGUUUUGGAUGUCUUCGAAUCAUGACGUCAUGAGCUCGCUCUUCGUUGAUCCGAAUUCAGUCCACCAUGGAGAGUGUCUCAUCUUCGGUAGAGAAACAUCCUCUCAAUUAGCACAUGGGGGACAUUUCUAUGCAGAUGGCCGAUCGUGCUAUGAAAGUUAUAAAACAAUAUGUGAAGUUAUUCUCAAUUAAAAUUCACAUUCAGUGAUUGCUAUCAAUUUGAUUCAAGACUCAUAUGCGUGUAUUCGGAGUGAUUAAAAUAAAUCAGCCAAAUACAUCAAUAUUA